AUUUUGCGCACUGCAGAUAUUGAAACUAUUAUUAUUAAUAAUUCCCAAACAAACAUAUGGUCGUGUGAUCUCAUAUUUCUUUUUUUCUUUCCGCUUCAGUUUCUUCUUUUCUUUUUUUUCUUUUCUUCCCCCGCUGUGAAAGAAAGAAAAAAGAAAGAAAAGAAAAGGAAAAUGUUCACAUUUUAUAUGUAGGCAGAGCACUCUAUUUCAACAUCCGUGCCCAGCGGGAGUGCCUUAACAGCCACACAGGUUCGCACCUAGGAAUUUCCGUCAGCUUUUUGUUUUAAAAAGAAAACAAAAGAAACCCAAAACAUAAGAGAGAGAGAGAGAGAGACCACUUACAGGCUUAGGCUCUUGGCUCAGGAACUGGGCAUAGAUUUCAUUCAUGGCGGCAAAGUCUUCCAUGUUGGCAAGGAAGACGUUGACCUUGAUGGCCUUCUCUAGGCUGGAGCCAGCUUUCUCCAGCACAGCGCUCAGGUUGCGGAAUAUUUGUGCCUAGCAAUAUACAGUACAGUACAGUCAGUCGAACCAACCCCCGCGCAAGCUAUUGUUGUUGUCGAUGAUGCGAGAGGGGUCAAAAAAAUAAUUUAUGAAUCAACUAUCAAUUAGAUAGAGGGGAGGGAGAGAGGAGAAAGAAGAGAACAAGUAACAUACGGUUCUAUCCUGAACUGUACCCUCAACCAGCUUGCCCGUGGCCGGGUCCAUUCCCACCUGGCCAGAGCAGUAUACGAUUCCGUUGUGAACAAUGCCCUGAGACAGCACGGGGAUAGGCGCGGGGGCCUUGUCGGUCAGGACGACCUGCUUUGCGGAUGCCAUGUUUUAUUUAUGGCUUGGAUGGAUCAAGGGAGGGAGAAUGGAUGGUGCUAAAGGGCUAUUCAGAAAUGACAAUGAGGGAUAAUGGGCUGCUGGAGAGGAUAGUUUCUUAAAAAGCCUUCUUCUUUUUUUUUUUUUUUUGCGCAGAAGAGAGUUCGAUGAUCCCUCGUCGGCAGAACGAGGGGCAAGUAGUAGUGGCAAGGAGAAGAAGGCGAGUGGGAAUCACGAAACUGUUUAAAUCUCUCCCACGCAGCGGGCACGACGUGGGGGUUAAGUAAGUAACUACAUUACAUUACUACGAGAUAGAGAUAUGAUAUGACGACAGCAAGCUUCUGUGGCAGACAUUAUAAAUUAUACAGCUGAACUCAGGUGCGGGGCAGAAUUGCCGGACACAUCGGACAUAGCUUUUAGCUGCUUUACCAUCCCCUCUUUAUAUCAAGCAGACAAAACUGCCAACCAACCACCAAUCUCUCAAUUCAAAAUAAAAAUUCAUUAUUCUUGUAGACUGUACGAAAGAAGAAAAAUAAAAAACAAAAAAAAAAAAAAAAAAAGAAGAAAAGAAAAGAAAAGAAAAGAGGAAAAAGGAAAAAGGAAAAAGGAAAAAGACAUCGGCUGUAUCUAAUCCCAUCUCCUCACAAUGUCCGGCGUGACCAACUACCCCAACGCCUCGCGCGACGCCCUCAAAGCCCAGUAUGCUGGCCGGAUGCUGCGCGACAUCGACGGCCCAGCGGCCAUUAUAGAUGUCGCUGUUGCGCGCAGGAAUUGCCAGCUCAUGCUCGACGCUGCAGAUGCCCUCGGCGUUCUUUUCCGCUCUCAUGUUAAAACUCACAAGACCACAGAGCUCACGAAGUUCCAAGUAGGGGAGAAGAGCGAUCCCAUUCGACUGGUGGUUUCCACGCUCGCAGAAGCUGAGCAGCUGCAGCCGUACCUGGAGGAAUGCAAAGUUAACGGCAGAUCUACAGACCUCAUCUAUGGUCUGCCCGUUCAACCCUCCUGCUUCAAACGGCUGGUAGCCCUCGGCAAAUCGCUCGGGAAAUCAAGCAUAUCCGUGCUCGUGGAUGAUCCAGACAUCAUCCCUUUCCUCUCCCAAUACCGAGACCUCACCUCAGACACCCUCGGCGUCUUCAUCAAACUCGACACGGGAAACAACAGAGCCGGCAUCGCCCCAGACUCGCAGCAAUUCAAAGAUCUCCUCGCAGCCAUCCACACCGCCGAGCACGAUGGCAGCGCCGGUAUAUCCCUGCGCGGCUUCUACAGCCACCUAGGCCACAGCUACAGCUCAGACAGCACGAACGAAGCCAUGGACUACCUGGCCCAGGAGGUCGAGCGGUCCGCGGUCGCCGCCGCCCACGCAUGCACCGUGGGCAAAUAUGCUGGCCGCCGCUUCCUGCUCUCCGUCGGGGCAACGCCCACCACCACCGCUGCCCAGAACCUCACCCCGACCACCACCACCACCACCACCACCACCGGCGGCCCCGCGACGCCUGAUCCCACCACCAAGCGCGUCAAGGAGUUACUUGACCGCACCAAGGCCUCGUGUGACAUCGAGCUGCACGCCGGCGCCUACGUGACGCUGGACAUGCAGCAGCUCGCCGCGCACGCCCGCCCGUCCUCAUCCAACCUCUCCUUCGCAGACAUCGCCAUCACCGUCCUGGCAGAGGUGGGCAGUCUGUAUCCGCACAGAAAGCAGCCAGAGGCCCUCGCCGCGUGCGGUAGCUUAUGUCUCGGGCGGGAAGCGUGCCGUAGUUAUCCCGGUUGGGGCGUCGUGACGCCCUGGCUGGAAGACGGGGAGGGGACGCGGACGGCGGAGGCCGGGUGGUAUGAUCCCGAGGGGGAGCGGAAAGGGUGGAUCAUGGACCGCAUCAGCCAGGAACAUGGGAUUCUGGCCUGGCAUGGCCCGCGGGAUAAUGUGCGGCCGCUGAAGAUUGGAGAGAAGAUUCGCAUCUGGCCGAAUCAUUGCUGUAUUUGUAUUGCUGGGUUUAGCUACGUGCUGGUGGUGGAUUCGAGCUUGGAAGGUGCCGAGAGGGAUAGAGUGCAGGAUGUAUGGUUUAGCUGGCGUGGGUGGUAGACGGCAUGGUUAAAUGGUUAUAGGUAGAAUAUUUCACUUAGGAUUCAAAGAAUUGUACUUCGUUUUGUCCAGCACCACCAGUUUGCUGAACAAAUAUUUGCAAAUUACGGGUCACCUUGGGGAAGCAAAAACGGAGAUCACAUUUUUCUGUCAUCGUCUCUACAUGCCCUUUUGCUAUGAACCUUUGAUUGAAAUUGGUGGCCCUCCGAAAAACGACCCAUCUACCUCCCCGCGUACUAUUUAAGACCUAACUUAAGCACUUGUAUGUAGUUAAGUAAUAGCAAAAGCCACCCAGUAAACCGACAUUGGAACGGUUCACUUGGAGGGUUUUGCUCCAUAACCAGCUCCUGUUCGAGGCAGAGAAAAAAACACCUUUUAGCACGUCUCUGCCUCACGAUCUCUAUCAAUGCCAUACACCCCCCCAUCCUCAUCAUGUAACUAUUAGCGCAUCCUCCGCACGGUCUGCAAUGAGAA